UCUGUCUCUCUCUUUCUUUUCUGGAUGUUUAUUACUAUUCAUGUCAAGAAGGAGCAACAAGAGAGAGAGCGCUAUCGUUUUUACGGCCGCCUGAACACUCUCUCUUUCUCUCUCUAGAACUCUUCCUCUGUUUAAUCUAUCGAUCAUCUAAAAAGGAGAGGAAAUUUUAAGCAUGGCAAAGAAUGAAGAAUCAGCUAGCCUUAGUUGGGGUACUUUAUUCUUCACACAGACUACAGAGGAUGUCGCAAGAGCUGUUGCUGCUGCAACUGCAGCUGCUACCCCUGUUCGUUCACCACGACCAUCAGUGGUAUUUUCAUCAAAAGAUGACAGCAGCAACAGCCAACUUCAGAAAAUUCAGCACCAUGUUUCUAGAAUACUAAAUGGCUUCUCACAACCUUCUGAAGUCAAAAGUGGAACCUACAACCCAGAAGUGCUAACUAGCCAAAAGCGUCAAUGGACAAGUUAUCAGUUGCAAUCCCUGGAUCAUAGGUCUUUAAAAGAACCAUCAAAGCUAUUUGAGAGCAUAGUAGUUGUUGGAAUUCAUCCUAAUUGUGAUAUUCAAGCACUUCAAAAGCAGUACCUCGCAAGAAAGUCUGAAGGUUCUGGGAAAUUUCGAAGUGAUCUUAGUCGUCAGCAUCAAUCGAAUACAGAACCUAACCUUGAACCGCAGGUUUUAUUUGUUUACCCACCUGACAAGCAGCUACCACUUGAACAUAAGGAUCUCCUUUCAUUUUGCUUCCCUGGAGGCCUGGAGGUUCAUGCUGUUGAGAGAACUCCUUCAAUGAGUGACUUGAAUGAAAUACUUUUUGGGCAGGAUCACCUUAAACAAAGUGAUCUGUCGUUCGUAUUCCGGUUACAGGUUGCUGAUGAUUCAACUUUGUACGGUUGCUGUGUGCUAGUUGAAGAACUAGUGCAAAAACCCUCUGGCCUGAUUUCCAUGAUUUCGGAUGCACAAUCUUUCCGCUCUACUUUGAGCCGCCAUAUAUUAACCACGCGGCGGUGUUAUUGCAUUCUUUCAAGGCUUCCAUUUUUCGAACUGCAUUUUGGUGUACUGAAUAGCAUCUUCACUGAAGAAAGGUUGGAACUGUUAACAAAAGGUAUUGCUAAAUUAGAUUUGGAACAACCUAAUGAGUAUUGCGAGGAAGAAAUUUUAGAAGAAAAUUUUGUUGGACUUUCACUGGAACAAAGGGAACUGGGCAUGCUGAAUGGAACAGAAGAAAAUUCCCAGUUAAACAAAAGUGUUUCCACCCCUGGAAGAGUCACCGAUAAUGUGUGUCACCUUGAGCAUCAAAUACUUGAGGUGGGCUUUCACUUUUUGAAGAAAGGCAUCAAUGAUGAUGAUGCUGUUGUUCUAGUUGAUUCUGCAAAAGAAAAGCUUUCAUCUAGAAGAAAAUGUGGAGUUGCAGCACAGUUCCCUGAAGCUUGUGAUAAUUAUGCUGAUGAAUCUGUAAUGAACAAGCAACCAGUGGAAAGACGAUUACCAAAUGCUGUUUUGCCACUUCUGCGAUAUCAACAAUAUGAAAGUUCUGAAUCUUCCUCCAGUUUCCAGGGCUCUCCGAGUGAAGACAGAAAUUUUAGGAGUGACAUUGAUGAAGCAGAGAUUGAAGAGGCAUCCUCCUCCGGCCAGGAAUAUUACAGUGACCACAGUGAGAUUUUUGAAUGGGCUAAGGCAAACAACCAUGGACCAUUGCGAAUUAUAUGCGAGUAUUACCAGUUAUGUUACCCCACAAGGGGUUCAACAAUUACGUUCCAUCCUUUGGAGCACCUGCAGCCUCUGGAAUUUCAUAGACCUCAUGAAACAGUUCUACGUAUUGCUGGCUCGACAAUUGCUUUGGAAUCAUGCAGUACGAGUUUGGAAUUAGCAGAGGUACACAGUAUGCUCAUGGUGGAGGAAGAGGCAACUGCUUUAUCUGUAUGGGCGAUUUCUUGCUUAUGUGGCUCCUUGCGACUUGAGAAUGUGUUAACAUUGUUAGCUGGGGCUCUGCUUGAAAAGCAAAUUGUGGUUGUUUGUUCAAAUUUGGGAAUAUUGUCUGCAUCAGUCUUAUCAAUAAUUCCUCUAAUUCGGCCCUAUCAGUGGCAGAGCUUAUUAGUGCCGGUUUUGCCAAAUGACAUUCUGGAAUUCUUGGAUGCACCUGUCCCAUACAUAGUUGGUGUGAAGAACAAAACAAUUGAACUCCAGUCAAAGUUAACGAAUGUCAUUCUGGUUGAUGAAAACAAGAACCAGGUGAGGUCACCAUCAAUACCGCAACUACCACAACAUAAGGAGUUAUUUUCAUCCUUGAGUCCUUACCAUGCAAAACUAGUGGGAGAAGGUUACUUGGGGAGAAAAAGGCCAGUGUAUGAAUGUACAGAUGUGCAGGUUGAAGCUGCCAAGGGUUUCCUUGCAGUGUUGAGAUCUUACUUGGAUUCUCUUUGCUCUAAUCUACGUUCUCACACAAUUACAAAUGUUCAGUCCAAUGAUGAUAAGGUAUCAUUGCUUUUGAAGGAGAGUUUCAUUGAGUCAUUUGCCAAGCGAGAUCGACCUUUCAUAAAGCUUUUCGUGGACACACAAUUGUUCUCUGUACAUACAGAUCUUGUACUCUCUUUCUUCCAGAAGGAAUAAUGCUGCCAUACAAGGUUGGCCUGGAAAUGUAUAAUUUUAAUAGAAUGCAAGUUCUGUAAUUUAUAAUUUUUCAGUGUAAUAAUAUAUUUUUUUUUGUGUGCGCAAUAAAUAGUAGUCUUCUGUUUUUUUA